AUGGAAGGUGAAAGUAAUAAUAUUUCUGAUUCAAGACUCAUGAAAGGUGUUCUUGAUGAACUUAAUGGUCAGUGCACUAAGGGUAACAAUGAAUUUAAGCAUCUUUUUCACAAAGUGCUUUCUCCGAGUGAUGUUGAAAAUAAAAAGUUUGUGAUCCCUAGGAGAUAUGCUAUAAAAUACUUCUCUCACAUCCAGCAAAAUGAGGAGAUUGACAUAUAUGAUAGCUCAACACAAUUAUGGAGAUUCAGGUUUUUUUACUGCCAAAGUAGUAAAAAAUUUAGCUUCACAAAGGGAUGGCCUAAAUUUGUUAUGGUUAAAGGCUUGAGAGCCAGAGACAUAAUUGUUUUCAACUUGUGUGAAUCCAAGAAUGGAACAAAUGAGACUCGCAAUACGUUAGUGAUUGAUGUGGUGAAGAGUAAUGAAGGUUUGAAAAUGGAUUUAGCACUCAAUAAUAAUGCUAUUGAUGAUGAUGAUGCUUUGACACCUGUUUUGCUUUUUGGAAAGCAAAUAGGUUGGACUAAGACAAAAAGGGGAAAUGAAGAUGAAGUUUAA